UUUAAAUCUUGUUAACACACUCAUUGUAAAAAAAAACACCUGAGGGAGUCAUGGAUUCUGAUGGUGGAUUUCAUGAGGUCGAAAAAGAUGGUGAACUAUUUCUGGUAUACCACCACCCAAAAUACCGACCUGUACCACAAAUAAAAAGUCUAUCCUCAGCUGCUGAAGUAGCCAACGACGAUCAUCCUCCUCUACCCAUUUUCAUAUGCCCUUAUGUACGAUGGCAAAAAGAGGAUCCUGGAAAUUUCAGAUCCUUCAUGAUCGAUUCUUCUCCUGAGUUUGUCCUCUCUAGUGAAGCUUCUUAUAAUCGUCAUGUACUUACUUUGUUUUGGUGCAACAAUGAAACAAUCGACGACAAUGGUAAAUGCGGUAUAUGCAGCUUUGCUUCAGACUGUGGCACAAAUUAUUACUUUUGUGCUUGGUGUCAUUCAAAGUACCACAAAGAAUGUGUAGAGUCUCCACUUAAAAUUAAACACCCUUAUUAUCCUCAUCAUUCUCCUCUCCAACUCUAUUAUCAUAAAGGUUAUACUGAUUGUAUACAUUGUGGAAGAGAGGUGGCCAAUGGUUUGAUAUAUCAUUGUACUGUCUAUCAAAUUUUCAUGCAUCCAGUAUGUGCAAUGAAGCCGAUACCCAUUGUUAUAGACCAACAAAAAAUACAUGAUCAUCCCCUUACCCCUUUCCCUAGACAAAAUUCAGUACAUGAUCAUCCCCUUACCUUUUUCCCUAGACAAAAUUCAUUAAUCUGCAACGUAUGUGGUUCGCUAGAAAAAUACCCCACCUAUAUCUGUGUCAGAUGCAACUUUGUAGCUCACAGAGUAUGUGCAGAGUUUCCACACACCAUCAAGAUAUCACGUCAUCCCCAUCGUAUCUCCCGUGUUUCUUCUCUUCGAUAUGAAAAGUGGCCAUGUGGAGUUUGUCGUAAAAGUAUUGACGGUAAUUAUGGUGCAUAUACAUGUAACCAAUGUGGUGAGUACUAUGCUGUUCACUCCAAAUGCGCUCUAGGAACAGGUGUGUGGGAUGGAGAAGAACUUAAAGGUGUACCCGAAAAAGAUGAUAUAGCACAAGAUGCACCACCGUUCUCCAAAAUAUCUGAAGGAGUGGUCCAUUAUUUUCUUCAUGAACAUCAUCUGCGACUCGAGAAAAACGUACUACUCGAUGAUGAAAACAAGUUUUGUGAAGCGUGUCUCAUGCCUAUCAUUGAAGAUGAAUUAUAUUCAUGUGCGGAUGAGUGUGAAUUCAUCCUCCAUGAAACAUGCCUAAAAGCUCGUCGCAGAAUACAACAUGCGUUACAUCCUCAUCCACUAACAUUGAAGGCUAACAAUAAUUAUGUUUCAAGUUCCUCCGGCCAGUGCACCGCUUGUUCGCGUACUUGUGGCGGCUUUGUUUAUGAGUGUCCGAAACAUGAAUGUUCUUUCAAGCUCGAUGUGAGGUGUGCUUUAAUUUCAGAGCCGUUUGAUUACCAAGGUCAUGAGCAUCCUUUGUUCCUGUCUUUAGACCCAUACGUACAUGUAUUAUGCAAGGUAUGCAAAUGGAGACAAAAUUAUUCGUUAAAUUGCAUAAAAUGUGAUUUUAUUGUGUGUAUGGAGUGUGCCACCUUACCAUACAAAGUAAGGUAUAAGAACGACAAACAUUUUCUCACACUUUCAUGGGGGGAAGAAGAAGAGAGGUGUGAGAAAUAUUGGUGCGAAGAGUGCGAAGAUAUAGUCAAGAACUUAUUCUAUUGGUGCAAUGAUUGCUGUACCAUCCUUCAUACUCACUGCUUGUUCAGCGAAGAUCCAUAUCUGAAACCUGGUCAAGUACUUCUCGAAGUAAGAGAGAAGAAGGAGUUUCAAAUUCUCCCCAAAAGUAAUACUUCUCGGCCAAUUUGCCCUUUCUGUAAGAAGCCUUGUCAAGGAAAAAGAUUUACAAGAGAUAAGCUGAUAGCCUGUUCGGCGAGUUGUGUUUCUGGAAUGGCUUACAUACGCGCGCGAGAGAGGGAGUUUUGACUCCUAUCCUAUGUUAUUGUCUUCUUUUUCUUUACUUUGUUUGUUUCAUAUAACUAAUAUAACCAUCGGUUUCUUUC